AUGAUCAUAGAUGAGAUUCUCCUCCGCAGUCAGCACAGUCACCACAGUCACCGCAGUCACCGCAGUCAGCAAAGUCACCGCAGUCACCGCAGUCAGUGCAGUCACCGCAGUCACCGCAGUCACCGCAGUCAGCACAGUCACCGCAGUCACUGCAGUCAGCGCAGUCACCGCAGUCACCGCAGUCAGCGCAGUCACCGCAGUCAUCGUAGUCAGCACAGUCACCGCAGUCAGCGCAGUCAGCACAGUCAGCACAGUCAGCGCAGUCAGCACAGUCACCGCAGUCACCGCAGUCACCGCAGUCACCGCAGUCACCGCAGUCAGCGCAGUUACCGCAGUCACCGCAGUCAGCGCAGUCACCGCAGUCAGCACAGUCACCGCAGUCAGCGCAGUCACCGCAGUCAGCACAGUCACCGCAGUCAGCACAGUCACCGCAGUCAGCACAGUCACCGCAGUCACCGCAGUCAGCACAGUCACCGCAGUCAGCGCAGUCACCGCAGUCAGCGCAGUCACCGCAGUCAGCGCAGUCAGCACAGUCACCGCAGUCAACGCAGUCACCGCAGUCAGCGCAGUCACCGCAGUCAGCGCAGUCAGCACAGUCAACGCAGUCAGCGCAGUCACCGCAGUCAACGCAGUCACCGCAGUCAGCGCAGUCAGCGCAGUCAACGCAGUCAGCGCAGUCACCGCAGUCAGCGCAGUCACCGCAGUCACCGCAGUCAACGCAGUCACCGCAGUCAACGCAGUCAGCGCAGUCACCGCAGUCACCGCAGUCACCGCAGUCAGCACAGUCACCGCAGUCACCGCAGUCAGCACAGUCACCGCAGUCACCGCAGUCAGCGCAGUCACCGCAGUCAGCGCAGUCACCGCAGUCAGCGCAGUCAGCACAGUCACCGCAGUCAACGCAGUCACCGCAGUCAGCGCAGUCACCGCAGUCAGCGCAGUCAGCACAGUCAACGCAGUCAGCGCAGUCACCGCAGUCAACGCAGUCACCGCAGUCAGCGCAGUCAGCGCAGUCAACGCAGUCAGCGCAGUCACCGCAGUCACCGCAGUCAACGCAGUCAGCGCAGUCACCGCAGUCACCGCAGUCACCGCAGUCAGCGCAGUCACCGAAGCACUGCACGGUGGCUGAGUGGAUAG